UCGAGAUCACUAUAACGUGAUUUUUAAAUUUUUUAUUAAUGAAAAAUUAAGAAGAAGAACAAAAAAAAGAAGCAUCUACACAACCUUAUCCUCUAAUCCCACAUACAAUCCUAUAGACUUUUCUCAUUUGCCAAUUGCCACCUCACCACAACACUCCAAGACUUUUCUCAACAUAAAAAAACACACACAACACACACUGCCACCACUCUUGAUCAACCUCUCACAUCAAGAAACUUCAAGAAAAAAAAAAUGGCUUCAUCAACUGCUUGCUUCUUGCAUUGCUCUAGCUUUGCUGCUGCAGCAAGAACUUCUUCCCGAAGCUACGCGCCGCCGCCGAAGCCUAAACGGCUGAUCUGCCGGGCCCAGAAGCAGGCGGAGGCGGAGGCGGCGCAAGAAAAUGCCGCCGCCGCCGUGUCACGGAGAUUAGCCCUCACUUUCUUGAUUGGUGCUGCUGCUCUUGGCUCCAAAGUCUCACCUGCUGAGGCUGCUUAUGGACAAACUGCCAACAUUUUUGGAAAGCCAAAAACAAACACAGAUUUCAGACCAUACAAUGGGGAUGGUUUCAAGGUCAAGCUACCUGCAAAAUGGAACCCUAGCGGUGAGGUCGAGUACCCCGGCCAAGUGCUCCGCUACGAAGACAACUUCGACCCCGACAGCAACCUCGUCGUCACCGUCACCCCCACCGAUAAGAAAUCCAUCACCGAUUACGGUGCUCCUGAGAAAUUUAUCUCUCAGGUGGACUAUCUGCUAGGAAAACAGGCCUACUUUGGUCAAACAGAUUCUGAGGGUGGAUUUGAUUCCGGCGCGGUUGCAACUGCAAACAUAUUAGAGACGGCGACUCCGACGAUCGACGGGAAGCAGUACUACUUCGUGUCGGUGCUGACGAGGACGGCGGACGGGGACGAAGGCGGGAAGCACCACCUGAUCAGCGCCACCGUGAAGGACGGCAAGCUCUACAUCUGCAAGGCGCAGGCCGGCGACAAGCGCUGGUUCAAGGGCACCAGGAAAUUCGUCGAGAGCGCAGCCACUUCAUUCAGCGUUGCUUAAACAAGAUAUCAUAUCUAAGUCUAAGUGUGCAUAAUCGAGUGUUUAAUUUCACUAAGAUAUGUUCAUAAAAACCAAAAUUAUAUGACUUAAUAGUGUAAUUAUCUAUGUU